GAAGCUACUAGGUCUCCUCGACAUUUGCUUUCAAUUCCACCCAGAUUUUGUUUCUCGCCGGAGAAAAGAAAAAUGGAAGACCCGUUGAUUGGUAGAGAUAGUCGUGCGGAUCGGGUUCGUCGAUCAGAAGCUAUCACGCAUGGUACUCCGUUUCAGAAAGCUGCUGCACUCGUCGAUCUGGCUGAGGAUGGUAUUGGUCUUCCUGAGCAAAUACUUGAUCAGUCGAGUUUCGGGGAGUCUGCUAAGUAUUACUUCAUCUUCACACGCUUUGAUCUGAUCUGGUCACUCAACUAUUUCGCUCUGCUUCUCCUUAACUUUUUUGAGAAACCACUGUGGUGUGAGAAAAAGCCUACACCGUCUUGCAAAGACAGAGAUUACUAUUACCUGGGAGAGUUACCGUACUUGACCAAUGUAGAAUCCAUUAUCUAUGAGGUGAUUACCCUGGCUAUACUCCUUGUACAUACUUUCUUCCCAAUAUCCUAUGAAGGGUCCCGAAUCUUUUGGACAAGUCGCCUGAAUCUAGUGAAGGUUGCUUGCGUGGUGAUUUUGUUUGUUGAUGUGCUGCUUGACUUUCUAUAUCUGUCUCCACUGGCUUACGAUUUUCUUCCUUUUAGAAUCGCCCCAUACGUGAGAGUUAUCAUAUUCAUCCUCAGCAUAAGGGAACUUCGAGACACCCUUGUCCUUCUGUCUGGAAUGCUUGUCACAUACUUGAAUAUAGUGGCUCUAUGGAUGUUGUUCCUUCUAUUUGCCAGUUGGAUUGCUUUUGUUAUGUUUGAGGAUACACAGCAGGGCCUCACGAUCUUCACUUCUUACGGUGCAACUCUUUAUCAGAUGUUUAUUCUGUUCACAACAUCCAACAAUCCUGAUGUCUGGAUUCCUGCAUACAAGUCUUCUCGCUGGUCUUCGGUGUUCUUCGUGCUCUACGUGCUAAUUGGCGUCUACUUUGUCACGAACUUGAUUCUUGCCGUUGUUUAUGACAGUUUCAAAGAACAGCUCGCAAAGCAAGUAUCUGGAAUGGAUCAAAUGAAGAAAAGAAUGCUGGAGAAAGCCUUUGGUCUUAUAGACUCAGACAAAAAUGGGGAGAUUGAUAAGAACCAAUGCAUUAAGCUCUUUGAGCAGUUGACUAAUUACAGGACUUUGCCGAAGAUAUCAAAAGAAGAAUUCGGAUUGAUAUUUGAUGAGCUUGACGACACUCGUGACUUUAAGAUAAACAAGGAUGAGUUUUGCUGACCUCUGCCAGGCCAUUGCUCUAAGAUUCCAAAAGGAGGAAGUACCAUCUCUCUUUGAAAAUUUUCCG